GAAACAAGUUGGGCGGCAGAUCAGGAAGCAAGCCGCGGGAUGUCGAACGAGGACGCGCCAAAGAGCAAGAAACACAGAAAGGACAAGCCGUGGGACUCGGACGAUAUCGCCCACUGGAAAGUUGAGUCGUGGAAGGACGAGGACAACAAGUCUGGUAUGCUCGAAGAGAGCUCGUUCGCGACGCUCUUCCCCAAGUACCGCGAAAAGUACUUGAGAGAAGUGUGGCCGAUUGUGACCAAGGCGCUCGACAGCGUGAAAAUCGCGUGUGAGCUCAACUUGAUUGAAGGGAGCAUGACCGUUCGGACAACGCGCAAGACGACCGAUCCGUACAUCGUCCUGAAAGCACGCGAUUUGAUCAAACUCCUCGCGCGUAGCAUCCCUGUAAACCAGGCGGUCAAGAUCUUGGACGAUGAAGUCCAGUGCGACAUUAUCAAAAUUGGCGGCCUUGUGCGCAACAAGGAGCGCUUUGUCAAGCGACGACAGCGCUUGGUUGGUCCAGACGGCGCCACGUUAAAAGCGAUCGAGCUGCUCACGAACUGCUACGUGCUUGUUCAAGGCAACACGGUGUCGGCCAUGGGACCGUACGGCGGCCUCCGCCACGUUCGUAAAAUCGUCGAAGAUUGCUUCCAAAACGUGCAUCCGAUCUACAACAUCAAGACGCUCAUGAUCAAGCGCGAAUUGAGCAAAGAUCCAAAGUUGGCUGGGGAGAAUUGGGACCGCUUUCUGCCUGUUUUCAAGAAGAAAAACGUCCAGACCAAGAAGCCGCACGUUGUCCGCGAAAAGAAAGCGUACACGCCGUUCCCGCCGGCGCCGACGCCGUCCAAGAUCGACAAGGAGAUCGAAUCUGGCGAGUACUUCAUGAAGGAGCAUGAGCGGAAGGCCAUGAAGCAAGCGAAGAAAGCUCAGGCGAAUAUGGAAGUCCGGGAGCAAAGGAAGGCCGAAAAGGCAGCGGCUUUUGUCGCGCCCGCCGAAAAGAAGCGCAAGCGGGCGGACGAUCACGGCAAGUCGUCGUCGGUCGACGAGCUCAAGAGCAAAUUCCUCGCCCAGCAGGGAGCCAAAGCAGCAAAGAAGACCAAGUCAUCGCUGUCCGAUUUUGUUACCAAGUAACGAGAAAGUUUAUUUGGAGGAACGGGUCGAGGGUGGCCAUGCUGGGAUUUCGGCGAGCUGUGUUGAUGAAAUGC